GUCUAACUUUACAUUUUAAAUAUUUAUUUAAUAUACUCGUACAUUUUAUUCUCACAAACGAAAUGGAUUUUACAAAGUUUAUGAAUAAAUUCAACGAAAUCGAGCGUCAGUUGUCACCGACAUCUGCGCUGCGCUUAAGCUUUGAUAAUAUAUCACCGGAAACGGAAGAGCCGGAACCAAAUAAACGGCUCUGGGGUGUGCCAGUGCCACCUUUCGUAUCCGAAAAGGUUGUAUCAUGGAUUGAAGAGGAAUUUAACGAACCACCUAUUUAUUACAAUGGAAAUAAUGUGAUUAAAAAGGUGGAAAAUGUGCGUAUGAUUGAUCGUUACAACUCGAAGAAUCCCACUGUUGGCACUUUGUAUUUAACUGCGACACAUUUGAUUUUCGUCGAACCAGACAGCAAUAAGGAGACAUGGGUGAGUAGACAGACGACUUCUUAA